CUUCUCUGAGCAGCCAUGAAAGCUUCAACUCUUUCCUUUCUCACACUAGCAGUCAUUGCUUCAUUGCUUUCUUUGGUUAAUACUCAAUCUCUCAUCUCUUCAUCUGUACCUGAUCCAGUGACUCAUAUUGCUGUUAGUGCCAAUGGAGUGUUUGUCAGUACAGACACUCACAUCUACAACUUCUCAUCUACCCUACAACAACUAGGAGCUCUUGGGUUUCAUGGUGGUGUUGUUAAAGGAAUAGCCAGUACAACAGAUGGUGAAUGGUGUGUAGUAUGUACUGAAGAAUGCGGCUUGAAUCUAUAUCUAACAUGCUCAGUUCUCAAAGGAUCCAAUCUUUCUACUUCUGCGGUUGAAGGAACUGCUUCCAAAUCUAGAUCUAGUCUUGCUGUUUUUACUGCUACUGGAGGUGGUGGUAGCAGUUUUUAUAUGGGAAGUUAUAUCAAUCAUCACAUUCUAUAUUAUCAGUAUGGGUUUCCCGGUAAUACCCUGUCAAGAGCUACAAAUCGACUGCAUCAAUUAUCUGGUUCUAACUUUCAUCGUACAUUUGUGAAAGGUUUCUUUGCUUUGGGAUAUGCCUAUUAUGUUACUCUUGAUCCUCCAAAACGAGGUACCACCAAACAAAUUCGUAUAAUAAGAGUAUGUAAUGACAGUGCAGCCAAUGACUUCAGCAAUCAAUAUGAACUGACUUUAGGUUGUGAUGGUCAGGAUUCAUUCUUCAAUCCUACUUUGCUUGAUGUAUCAGUCAUUGGUGAAGAAUUAUUACUGAUUGCAAUAAAGACUGGCUCAUCGGCAGAUGUGUGUUCAUAUGCCUUAUCUGAGAUUAAUUCUUUAAUGGAUGCUACUUAUGAAUCUUGUAUAGUCAGUGGUACAGGCAACAAGAAUAUUUUCUGGCAGCAGUUUGCAUCUUGCUCAGAGAAGCUCUCAGGAAGUAUUUGUGGUAUAUCAGAUUCAAGAUCUCGAAAUCCAGCUCCAGCAGUUGGUGUUUCAAGUAUCCUUUCUCCCAAAAGACUAAUCACUAACAAUACAAUACUCCAUGGAUUAAGUGCGAUCACUGGAAUGAGAAUUGAGGAUAUUAAUUUUAUCUACUUGGCAUUUGUUGCCGAUGGCAUUCACUACAUUAGCAAAUAUCAAUGGAGCAAUAUGGAUCUAAAGUUUUUAAAAGAAGUUAUCGUAACAUCAUCAAUAACUUCAUUGUCUUGGUCUGAAGGCUCAGAGUAUGUGUAUGGCAUCAGUGGAUCUAAUGUGAUUGCAUUAAAGAUAGAGGAUUGUUCCAGUGCUACUAGUUGCUCUGAGUGUGUUAGUUUAGGUGAUCCAUCUUGUGGUUGGUGUAUGAUAGAGAACAAGUGUUCACGUAGACCAUUCUGUCAGGAUAAUAAUGAAACAAGACGAUACCUAACACAAGGAGACAGUAAUAGUUGUAUUAAUGCAAUGCACAUUCAAACUACUUACGUAAUAGACACAUAUCAACAACCAUAUCAGAUCAACUUGUACUUCUCACUUCCUCCUAUGCUACCAGGCAAACAGUACUUUUGUGUUUUCAAUGGUAUUAUGAGUCCAAUAGCAGUAUCUGUUAAUAGCAACAUUAGUUCCUGUUCAGUGCAAACUAUAGUAUCCCAAGUUACAGAUAUACAAUUAGAUACUACCUUUAGUAUAUACAGUAAUAGAACUGGCGUUCACUUCUAUACAAGUCCUGCUAAAAUUACCUUCUAUAAUUGCCCUACUGCUACAAGGUGUGGUGAAUGUGUCCAAUCUAAAGUAUGUGGAUGGUGUCAGUUAGAUUUUACUUGUUCUGGGAACAAUUCUUUAUGCACUGCUGGUAGCUGGUUAAGAUUAUCAAAUGCUGAAAAUGAUAUUUGUCCUUUCUUACAACCAAAUCCGCUUACGUCUGAUGGUAGAUACACUCAACCGGCAAAUGUGGUUAAGAAUUUGGCACUUUCUACUGCCAAUACACAGUUCAAAACUGGUCUCAGUUAUGAGUGUGUAUAUGGUACUGUUACUCGAACUGCUACUGUUAACAAUGACAAUAUGGUGACAUGUAUUAACGAUCCUGUGUUAACAAUUGAAGGAGGAGUUGGGACUCAGAAUGUUCCAUUGAGUAUCAGACAAGUUUAUAAUCGAAACAAGUACACAAUAGAGACUAAUUAUAAUUCCAAGCUAAGUGUAACAUUAUAUGAUUGUCCAUUGCUCGCUGCUGACUGUUCAUCAUGUUUAUCACAAAGUGCAGGAUUCAAUUGCAGUUGGUGUACUAGUAGUAAUGAAUGCAGAGACGCUAGUGAUUGUAAUGAUAUCAGUCCUAUUAUGAGUACUAGAAACUGUCCUUUACCUGUCAUUACUGACUUUGAUCCAAAGGCUGGUCCCCCUAGUGGAGGAACAGUUGUCACUGUUAGUGGCAAUAAUCUUGGAGCUAAGUUUUCUGACAUCGAAACUGUUAGAAUCGGUCAUAAGAACUGUAGGAUUAGUGAGUAUAGGCCAGCUGAUAAAAGGAUAGCAUGCAUUAUUCCUGCUAGUAAUGAGACUAGAGACAGCAAUGAAACUGUUGCAGUUAGUCUGAGAUGGUCUAAUGGCAUAGCAAUUACCAGUAGCUCACUACAGUACCAGUUCAUAACACCAGUCAUUCAAUCAGUCAGUCCUACAUUUGGCCCUGUCAGUGGUGGUACUAAAGUGAUUGUUAAAGGCACUAACCUUGAUAUUGGCAAUAAAGAAAUGACUCGAGUGAUCAUGACGAAAGAUCAAAAAACAAAAAAAACAUGUCCUGAUGUUCAAUGUACUGUAUUGAAUAUUGCUCAUACAGAAAUUACUUGUAUUACUGCUGGUACUAGUGUAUAUGACUGUAUGAGGAACGUAAUAGUAUCAAUCAAUGGAGCUUCCUUUUCUAAUAAUACAAUAAAAUAUCAAUACAAACCAGAUCCUAUAAUCAAUAGUGUCACCCCAGUGAAUACAAUCCCUGCUGGUGGCAUUCAACUCAUAUUCACUGGCUCAAACUUUGAUUCAGUUCAGUCCCCAUCCAUUACCAUUAAUGAUAGUAGAUUGACUCCCAGUAGUGUUGAGCCUUGUGUCACUAAUGAUACCAACACACUGAUAUGUAAUGCUCCUAAAAUUACUAAUGUGACAGACAGUGGUUACUAUGGGACCCACAUUGAGUAUAAGCUGAUGUUAGAUGGAGCAGAUACACUUAAUUCUUUGGGUGCUGGUUUGAGACUAACACUUCAACCUGAUCCAAUAUUUACUGGAAUUGAUGUCAAUUCAAGAUCUGUACCAGUUGACGACAGGAAAAGUACACUUGACAAUGAGAUUGCUGACAUCACUAUUAAAGGAAUGAAUAUAAGGUCUGUCAGUCAUUCAGAGAUUGCUAUUACAUUAGGAGAUGAUAUGUGCAUUGUUAGAUCAACUUCUGAUACUGAAAUUAAUUGCACUCCACCAGACAAGCAAUCAGGCACCACAUUAACACUAAGAAUUAGAGUUGGAAGGAAUCUAGAGUUUCCAAUAACUGGUAGCAAUGGCUCUGAAUGGACUCUCCACUACAUUACAUCUGGUGCUACUGUUGAAACUCUCGUGUCUGAAUCUAAACCUAUCUCAGUCAACGCUAUUGCUGGAGGAGCUUUUGCCAUUGUUAUAUUGCUGAUUGUGGCAAUAUUAUUGAUACUUGCCAUUCGUAUUUUAAAAACAAGACUAUACAUAAAUAGCAUGAAAGAAAGACAUGAAAAUGGUGAUAAAGAUGAUAAAGAAAUUGAUCAAAAGGAUCAGUUGAAUGAAUAAAAUCAAAGAACUCAAGCCAUCAGUGCAUUACCUUGCUCAAAAGUAACAGCUGAUAAAGUCAUUGUGUACUGUAUUGUUAUUGUUGCUGUAUACAAAUUUUUGUACUAAGAAUUAAUGCAGUAAAAAA